CUUUCUCCCGCGCAUUUUAGUAACCCAAAGCCCUCCCGCUCUAAUUUGCGCCCUUGGUUUCGCUACCAAACAACUACCUGCUUCUCCUUACUUCCUACGUACCUCCUUUCUCUCCACACCUUAAUUUCCAUCAACCUUUUUGUAAAAAAGAAACUCCUUUCCCAUUCUUUUGCUAGAAAAGCUGUUCAACUUCCUUUUAUUUCUAUUUUCUUCAGUUUAAAAUUCUUAAUUUUUCCACUUUUUUUUACAAAAAAAAAUUUAUUUAAAGGUUUAAUGCUGAGAAAUAAAGGCAAAUUAAAAUGGUUUCUCUACGGAUUCUGAACCCUGUCUUCUCUUCCAUUUCGAUUUCCCAGUCAAGUUGUCCUGGAAAAUCUGAUUUCAGGAAGAAAAUUCUCAACUUUCAUAGUUGUAGAAGCUUCAGGUCCUUGCAUAGGCAAAGAUCUAGAAUCUAUUGUGCUACUCAAGAAGGUGACAACAAAAGCAAUGGGGAAGAGCCUCCUGAGUCGCUGUUUAUGAAGGAGUUGAAGAGGAGGGGGAUGACGCCCACUUCACUGCUGGAGGAUGCCAAAAGAUCCAAUUAUGAAUUGAAUGAGGAUAUGAAAAUAGGGAAAGAAAUGGGGAGUUCCACUACAAGGAAUGCUGUCUCAACUGAAUUCGAGAAAAGCUUAUCUAAUCAAAGGGAGCGAUCCAUGGAAUUGAACAGUGAAGGCCUUGAGGGGCUAGUUCCACGGGCUAAACUGUUGCUAACACUUGGAGGAACUUUCUUCCUUGCCUUUUGGCCUUUGAUCCUUUUAACUAUCGCAUUCUUUUCCGCCCUCUACCUUUAUUUUGGACCAUCAUUCAUUCAUAACGGAAAUAAGACAUCAGUUUCCCUACCGCAAUACAUCGACCCUUACGAACUUCUGGAAGAUGAAAGGAUUUCUGAAACAGCCCCUCGUUUAAAUUGAAGAACAACAACAUACAGGAAAGUUCCUUGGACUUAAAAGAUUACAGGUUUAUGUAGCAUAUUUCUUUCACCUCCUGUAAUUUUGUUGUCUUUGUAAAAUCCUCGUAUAUUGGUAGGAACUUUUCACUCCAAUUGAAAGCUCCGUGUCUUUCAUACUGUUCCAUUAUCCAAUUUGUUUGCCAAAUUAGCUUCAAAUAUAGAUGGUUAUAUUUUAUGUUUCU